AUGUCUCAAGAUUAUACAAAGUUCGAUGAAGGAAUUGAUUACACCGUUCUUUCAAUCGCUGUUCAGACAUUGGCGCUCAUAUUGUUUGUGGAGAUCGUGAAGCACAAGCUGGAUCAUUUUGCUCAUGGCAGAGCAUUUUUUGGGACCGUCCUCCACAGCAUGUACGACGAGCUUUCGACUCUUGGCAUUGUCGAAUUGGUCGUGUACCUCGCCUUGAAGUAUCUACGAGACUACGAUCAGGCGAAGAAGGGGGUGUUUGCUGAUGUUCAUUUCUGUCUCUUCUACAUUGCCGUGUUUAAUGCCUUUCAAACGGUCAUCGUUGCCAUGGCUACAAAGCGAACAAGCACCAAGCAAUGGGUUGAUACCGAAAAAAUCGAUAUUUCGCACUAUAUAGAAAUACGGGAGGAGUUUGACGCCGUUGCGUCCAAGCUGGGCUAUGAAGACGACUAUGAAGCCGCAAACGUUGCAACUCUCAAGGGCUUCUUCCAAGAUGUCGCGCAGAGCGUUCGAAGUCCUGGUCUUCGAGGACAUUAUCUGGACCUGUUGGUCCAGGUAAAAUUUCACGGACUUCGGACUCAUUUUCUCACCGCAAAUUCUUUGCCUCUAACGCUUAAAGUCAGUGAUUACUUGAAACGGUCAGAGGAAAGAGUGCUGUCGAAGUUGGUUCACGUUUCUGGUGGAGCUUGGUUAAUGUUAACUGGCUGUCUCAGCUUGGCAUAUUUCCUCAUGGGAAUGGUUGCAUAUGUUUCUGAAGAUCAAGAAGUUGUCGGGCGAUUUCUAAAGGGAAUCUUUUUCUUUAUGUUGCUUAUCUUCAUCCUGAUUUCGGUCGCAGUCUAUUUUAAAAUGAAAAGUACAUUCCAUACAAUCAUCACUACAAACUACAAGAUGAGCAAAAUGGAUGACAAAACUCGUGCAACUGGUAUGAAGAGUCAAAAGGACCUCUUUUGGCUUGGUGAACCACAGUUCGUGAUUUCAAUGAUCCAAUUCAUGCAAUUUGGGUAUGCUUUAGCAUUGGCCGUUGUGCUCAUGUAUUGGAAAUCCUUUACUACAUUUGAACCGUACUAUUUUUUGCUUGCAGUUGUCGCCUGCUAUAGCAUUUUUGUUUUCAUUGUGUCACGAACUCUUCCACAGUAUACACUGUGCACUUCCUUGGGAUAUCUUAUCGAUGAAAAGAAUCUUUUGGAGACAGUGGCUCUUGACAGAUUGGAAGAAGCCCGACGACUGAGGAUCCAGAGUAUGGCUGAAGCUAACUGUGAGGAAGACUCGAUCGUUUCUUUUGAAAGCAGUGAACGAUUUGGCGCCAAAAUGAGGGGGGAUUCUACAGUCUCUGACGAUUCAGGUCGGAUUACACCAACAGGGAUUCCAAACAGGAGCAGCAUCCUAGCAGAGUUAGUUCAAUCCGACACACAAUCGCUAAGAACAAACCUCCCAACCAGUGUUCGACAAAGUCUGCGCGACCGGGAGUCUCGUCGCCUUGAGAAGAGGAAAUCGCUUUCGGAUGGUGUAGGGUCGAUGAGGCUAUCACUUCGAAGUAGCAAGGGAGAAUCAUCGAGAUUUCUCCUCGAAAGUCAGCCAACUUCGGAGCACAGUGACGAAUCGCAACGAACUGUUGACGACAGCCAAAUCCUCAAUCAACAACGUAUGGAAAGAGUUGCGACAAGGAAGGCGCAACAGAGGGCAAUGUCAGAGAGCAGUGUCAUUCAAUCUUGGCAAGGCAUCACCAAAAAAGAGCGAAAACUCGGAGGCAUCAGUCUAUCGAAGCAGUCAUCAAGUCUCUCUGAUUCUAGCUCAGUCGCUGCCAAUGAUAGGAGUGGUUCAGCAUCACUUGCGAAAGCUGACCAAAGCUCAAUGCGGCCGUCGCAGCGGGCUGGUUCUUUUUCCACAAAAGAGACAUUUGGAAGCGAGGUGCAAUCGACAGUGAAAACUGUGGAGAGCGAUAUUCAUGAUGAAACGAAUCUGGCAGCUGCUGCCGAAAGAACUGACGAUUCGGUCGGUGCUUUAAGUGAUGUUGAUGUCAAAGACUGGACCCCAAGUGAGCAUACUGGAACUGUUGACGAGAAAAAAUAUGAUUAUUCGUUUCAAGGGAUUCUCGCUUACACUCGAAGCUACCUUUUGGGACAUCGGUACCAUACAUUUAGCCAUGUAUUUGGCUCGCUAGUGUGUUUCUUCCUUGUUGGUCACAGAGUGGAGGUGAUGUUGUCAGCAACAGGAGCUAUUGAACCAAGUGCAAACACAUGGGAAUUGGAUUUGAGUAUUAGUUUCUGGGUCCAAGCGAUUUGGUAUGGAUUGUUCAUUCUUUCCAGCAUCUUGAUACUAAUUCUUUUCCUUCCAAUCAAGGUCAAGUCCAUGGAUGACAAGGCGAUAAUCGCAGCUGGUUUGUUUGAUUUCAUGCUUUCCGGUGGCUGUCUUGCUAUUCUAUUCCUUGCCGAAGCUGAAAGAUGUUGCGACAGUUCUGAAUUCGAGGGAGAUGUGGGAUGCUGUCCUUUCUGGGGCUCUCGGACAUACGGCGGGCUCGGAGAUAUCGAACCUUUCACUUCGCUGAUUGGAUUGCGAGUAUUCCGGUUCAUGGCAGCGCGUUCCUUGGUGAAGUACUACGAACACCUUCAGAAAGAUAGUGUGGAGGGAAAGAAUAUAGAACCAAAGAGUGAAAAGAAGCAUAGUGAUGGGCACUCGAUGCAAUCGCAAGUUGGCACUCCAUUGGAACUCUGGGAAAAGGCAAUCACUGCGUAUCCAGAUAUUGUUGAGAAAUAUGGUCAACUAAGCGGUGAACUGUUUGAAGCAAUGCUUGGUCUCGAAGUUUUUGAGGGAAAGCCACCGGAUGCGAUGAAGGAGGAAAAGAAAAAUCGCCAGAGGUCCAUCAGUUUGAGUGGAUCUGAGUAUGGUAACCUCCCAGCUGACGCCCAGUCGAUCAUCGUUGCUGGUAAACUUGGGAAACCGGUCAAGACUCUACACGACCCAAAAAACGAUCUCCCAGCGCUUGCUGAAGAAGUCGACCAGGAUGAUCUCGAGUUAGAUGGUGCAGUGAAAUCUCAGCCAAUCGUGUUUGAGAUUGACAAUGAACGGCUUGCAUUAGAAAAAGUGACCCAUUCCAGCUUUGUAGCACCGAAUGCGAGGCUCAUUCGUAGCAUGAGGCGCUGUGAUCGGAAGAUGUUGCCAAUCUUGACGGAUUGGGAGUGUGUUGAUGUUGUCCUUACAGAGUUUGAGGUUCUUUAUUUCGAAACUAAUGAUCCUCGUACUGUGGCCUCCAAAUCUCACAACGAUGAAUGCUCUCUUCUUGCCCUUCAAGCAACUGGAGGAGGAAAAGGGUUGCGACUACAAGAUGUUGCGAAGGGCCGAAAGAUUAUAGGACACAUGAUGCUAACGGACGUAACCGAGAUUCAUGUAGAAAGAAGUAUGCCACUUUCCUGCUCAUCGCAAAACGAAGACAUAUCUCAGCUCUACGACAGCGAUGACCAACUUCCAACAGAAUUGUGGACCCGGUCACAAGGCAAAAGUAAAGCUACUGGUUGCAGGAAAGCAAGAUGGGAAAAGAUCAAAGAGGACCGUCUGAAGCUUGUUUCGUCUCAUGGUUGCCUCGUUCUGCGCUUCUUUUCAGAUCUAGAAGACGUUGAAAUGCACUCCAAAUCUGUUGCACCCGAGGACGAAGCGCAAGGGCCACUUCGAAAGAAUAUUGCUUUCCAAUGGGCUCAGACUGUUGCCCACGUAUGCGGGAAGGAGAAAUUGCACCAGUCUCUACCUCACUUUGGGGAGAACAACAGUGACGAGCUUCGUGAUCUACUUGAGUUUGCCAACAAUCAUGAAAAGGAGCACAGUAUAGUCCUGAAGAACCUGAAGGAAAAAACUGUCGCCAAUCCUGUGAAACCAACAAUUCGUCGAUCACACUCAAUGGAAACAGAACGUUUUGGCUUGAAGGGAAGAAUUCGUCGUCGAUUGUCCCUGUCCAGCCAAGGAACACAAAACUUUGUUUCACCGAAAGAUGGUGUCGUUGAGGAAUUACAGAGCGCAGAGGCAACUGAGCAGAAGGGCCUCAAAAAUAUUGAUGGCAUGGAAUGGACAUAA